CUGUACAAGGGUCUGACGGGAUAUAAGGAGUAUGUCAACAAGCGAGUAGAUAACGUAACGCAGUCAAACGCCUCGAGCAUCAGAGCCGGCCCUCUUCGAGGCGUCACCAACGUCCGCAUCUCGUGCCGAUUUGACUACCAGCCCGACAUCUGCAAGGACUAUAAAGAAACCGGCACCUGCGGAUACGGCGACUCGUGCAUCUUCAUGCAUGAUCGCAGCGACUACAAGACCGGAUGGCAGCUCGAUCGCGAGUGGGAGGCCUCUCAAAAGAACAAGGAGGCCGAGAAGAACAACAUCAACCGAUUCCUGAUCGAGGAAACCGGGGGCGUUGUCGACGAGGACGCCGACGAGGACGAUGACUUGCCGUUUGCGUGCCUGAUCUGUCGCGAGCCCUUCAAGGACCCUGUUGUGACAAAGUGCGGCCAUUACUUUUGCGAGCUCUGCGCGAUCAAGAACCACAAAAAGUCCCCAAAAUGCUUCAUGUGUGGUGCAUCCACAAACGGCGUCUUCAACGUCGCCAGGGAGCUCAAAGCCAAGCUGGCUGAGCGACAGCGGCGC